AUGUGGUCGAUUGCUAAGAACAAUAUGCCAUUGAAAGCUGGUAGAUAUAAUAUGUACUUUCUUAGAGGUUUAACAACACAUCAACAACCUUCAAUUCCUAAUAUGAAGACGUUUCGGGUUUAUAGAUGGAAUCCAGACACUCCAGCAAAGAAACCAUUCCUUCAGUCAUUCCAGGUUAACCUCAAUGAAUGUGGUCCUAUGGUCCUCGAUGCCCUACUAAAGAUUAAAAAUGAACAAGAUUCUACCCUUUCUCUAAGACGUUCUUGUAGAGAAGGAAUAUGUGGUUCCUGUGCCAUGAACAUAGGAGGGCGAAACACCUUAGCAUGCAUUUGUAAAAUUGAUCCUAAUAAUAAUAAAGAGUUGAAGAUCUAUCCAUUGCCACAUAUGUUUAUCAUCAAAGAUUUGGUACCAGAUUUAACCAAUUUUUUUCAACAAUAUAAAUCUAUUCAACCGUAUUUACAAAGAAAGAAUUUCCCAGAGGCGGGGAAGGAGAUACGGCAAUCCAUUACUGAUCGUAAGAAGAUUGACGGUUAUUAUGAGUGCAUUCUCUGCGCAUGCUGUUCAACCGCCUGUCCUUCAUAUUGGUGGAACCAGGAAGAAUAUUUAGGUCCUGCCGCGUUGCUUCAGGCAUAUCGUUGGUUGGUUGACUCAAGAGAUCAAGCUGGUAAGGCAAGAAAAGAAAUGUUGGAGAAUUCAAUGUCAUUAUAUAGAUGUCACACAAUUUUAAAUUGUACCAAAACAUGUCCAAAGGGUCUAAAUCCAGCUUUAGCAAUUGCUGAAAUUAGGAAAAAGUUGGCAGUCUUCUAA